AUUUGUGAUAAAGAAUGGCAUUACUAUGUUGUCAAUGUUGAGUUUCCCGUUGUUACGUUAUACAUGGAUGGAACAACAUACGAACCUUACCUUGUGACCAAUGAUUGGCCUAUCCACCCUUCACACAUAGCCAUGCAGCUGACAGUUGGUGCUUGUUGGCAAGGAGGUGAAGUCACCAAGCCCAGAUUUGCUCAGUAUUUCCAUGGCAGCCUGGCCAGUCUUACUAUCCGGCCAGGCAAAAUUGAGAGUCAGAAAGUGAUUUCCUGUUUGCAGGCCUGCAAGGAAGGUCUGGAUAUUAAUUCUCUUGAGAGCCUUGGCCAAGGGAUAAAGUAUCACUUCAACCCUUCCCAGUCAGUCCUUGUCAUGGAAGGAGAUGACAUUGAGAAUAUAAAUCAGGCUCUCCGAAAGGUCUCAUACAUCAACUCUAGACAGUUUCCUACUGCAGGCGUACGACGUCUAAAAGUCUCAUCUAAAGUCCAAUGUUUUGGUGAAGAUGUCUGCAUUAGUAUCCCAGAUAUAGAUGCGUAUGUAAUGGUGUUUCAGGCCAAUGAGCCCAAGAUUACAAUAAGUGGGAUGGACCACUUUGCUAGACCAGCCGCACAAUUCGAAAGUGAGAGAGGUGUUAUUUUGUUACCUGACAUCAGGAUUGUCAGCACAGUCGCUAAAAUGAAGCAUCCAGUGGACUUAAAAGAACAUGACAGAGCCAAUAAGCCAGUGGCAUUAGAGGAAAUGCUCCACAAUUUGGAUUUCUGUGAUAUUUUGGUCAUUGGUGCAGAACUAGAUCCGGAACAAGAGUGUUUAGAACUAGAUCAUGUGGAGCUUCAAGGAAAACAUCUAGAUGCCACAAAUUCCACAGCAGGAUAUUCAAUCUAUGGUGUGGACAGCAUGCACACCUAUGAACAGGCUCUUCGGCAGAUUCGAUAUCGUAACUGGCACACUUCUGACACCUUUGACAGAAAGUUCAGAGUCAAGUGCUCGGAGCUAAAUGGACAUUACACUAGCAACGAAUUUAACUUGGAGGUUAAUAUUCUACACAGCUCCAACUCCAACUUCAUGGACCAUGUAAAUCAUAUGAUAGUACAGCCACAAUUUCUCCAACCUGUUCACCACCCAGAGGGAAGCACAAGUGCUGUUCACAACUCAGUUGUUCCAAGUGUGGCUACUAUCAUUAUCAUAAUCUGUGUGGGCAUACUAAUUUUCAUCGUAACCCUGGGGGUCUAUCGAAUUCGGACAGCUCAUCAGCACAGCUCUGCAGACACCGAAGGAAGUAAAGAAAAUGAAAUGGAUUGGGAUGAUUCUGCUCUGACUAUUACUGUCAACCCCAUGGAGAAAUAUGAAAAGCCUCACCAGACAGAAGAAGAGAGUGAGGAAGAAGACCUAGAAGACGAAGAGGAAGACACAACCAGUGCUGACUCAGAUGAAAGUGAAGAGGAGGAGGAAGAGGAAGAAGAGGAAGAGAUUGUCCAAAAGGGAGACAAACAGAAUGCCACCAGGCAAGAGCAGUUGGAGUGGGAUGACUCAACACUCCCAUACUAA